AUGAAGAUUGCUCCGCCACAUCUAUGCAACGGCCUCGACUUGUUUCGCAACCCCCCUUUCGUGCUGGGGCGCAUUCGCUUCGCCCUGCGCGUAGAUUCACCACCUCUCACCGAGGACGAAGAAGCAGCAUACACUUCUAGGCCGCAGAUCCGUCGACCGCCGACUCAACAUCAGUUCUCGGCCUUCUUGGGUGAAGACCACAAGAACAACCAUGAGGGCGGUGUUCAAGCACUUCGUCCAUCACGCUUUCAGCGAUUGAAGGCAAAGUUGAAGAAGACAUUGCGCCGUGCCAAGGACUUUGCCAUCUUCAAAUCGGUGCCAUCGCUCCGUCCCACAUACUGGAGCGACAAGAUACCAGUCGCUGCUGUUACCGCAGUCUGUAUCGUUCUCUGCGUCGGCAUUGUCAUCGCGUACAACGAUACCAGCCUCCUGAAGAUUCUCAGCGGGUUUUCAGGCGAUGCAGCUGCAGUAGCUGCAUCGCCAUACGUCAUUGCGAUGAAGGACAUAGGCAUUACCGGCUUGCCUCACCUGACCAACGCACCUCCCUGCACCUCGAUCUUUUCUGCCAGCAACGCUUACACAUACUACGGCACACGCUCGCGCCACGCCCUAUCUCUUGACGGCCAUGCGUCCAAAGCUCUGAGAAAGUGUACCAAGUCCGGCAUUCCCAUCUAUUGUCUCAUCGGCACAUGCAUCUUCCUGUUCCUGGGGUUUCUCAACGUAUCAAGCAGCAGCGCGAAACCGUAUUCCACCUGGGUCGCUCUGAUCUUCCUGACAUGCGUUGUCACCUGCUACGGGUACCCAGUGUUCCUACAAGGGCACUGGGCAAUCGAUACCUUCUUCACAUUUUACCUCCUGGUACUCCUCGCGCCGUUUCUGUUCUUUGGCUGGAAACUGCUCAAGCGCACUAAAUCUGUCAACCCUCUCGAGGCCGAUUUGGUAUGGCAAAAGCCUGUCAUUGAUGCGUAUGAAGAGGCUUUCGACGAGCCCCUCUCGGAUUUUGGCAAGAGAUUGGCCAUAUGUUCAUAUCAGGUCGGCGACUCGCUCGACUCAUUGGACACUCCGUCCAUGAUUGUCGACCUUGAUUUGAUGGAAGCAAAUAUCAAGAAGCUCAUGGAGCGCCUCCUUCCAACAGGCGUGAACAUUCGGCCACACCUGAAAACCACCAAGUCCGCACUGUUGGCCCAAAGACUUGUUGACGCUGGCGCAAAGGGCGGAUGCGUCGCCAAACUAUCCGAGGCUGAAGUAAUGUGCGCAAAAGGCUUUGACGACUUAUUGAUCACGUGUGAGAUCAUCGGUGCGCCGAAAGUUAAGAGAUUAGCGGAAUUGUUCAAGAAGCACAAGUCGAUCAGGAUCGUGGUGGACAGUGAAGUCGGCGCCAGAGCGAUCAAUGACGAGCUUAAGAAGAGUGGGGUGGAUGGCAGAAUCGCAGUCUUGAUCGAUCUCGACGUCGGUCUGCAUCGCACUGGCAUACAGCCCGGCGAGCCGGCGUUGAAGCUUGCGGCGUGCAUUGCUCAGCUAGAUCACAUGGCUUUGAUAGGCGUACAGGGCUACGAGGGACAUCUCCAGCAUGUGCACAGCUUCGAAGAGCGGAAAGCAAAGUGCCUGGAGUCGAUGCAGAUUCUCACUUCGACUGCCAAUGCUUUGCGAGAGGCCGGACAUCAGAUCGAUGUGGUCACGACAGGCGGGACAGGCACGGCUGAGUUCUGCAUAAGUGUACCGGGCGUCAAUGAAGUCCAGCCUGGAUCUUUCAUCUUCAUGGACACGGACUAUCGCGCUGCUAUUGGGACGACGUAUUCGAAUAGCCUUACUAUCUUGUCUACCGUCCUUUCAACCCAAGGGCCGAGGAUUAUUACCAUCGACGCUGGACUCAAGAGCUUGACGACGGACAGCGGGCUGGCUGAGUGUAAGACGCCAGGGUAUAAGUAUGGGGUCUUGGGCGAUGAGCAUGGGAGUUUGGAAUGGGAGGAUGGAUCGGAUGCACGGCCUUUGAAGGUCGGCGAUAGAGUGGAAAUGGUGCCGAGCCAUAUUGAUCCGACAAUCAAUUUGCAUGAUACAUACUUUGCAUACAGGAAGGGUGUCAUUGAGGAGAUAUGGGCGGUGGACUCGAGAGGAAAGGUGCAAUAA